AUGUACAGAUCUGCAAGCUUGAACAGGUUCUCUGAUGAUUACUUCAAGCAUGCGACGAGUUCUUCAUCUUCAGGAUCAGGGCGUAGAUCAUCUCAUUCUAUGUUUGAUGGCAACAAUUUGCCCACAUAUGACCCCAUUGCAGAGUUGGCUAAGAGGGAGAGGACGCGUGUUAAGUACGCUGAGAAUGCAGUGCAUGUUAUCCCUUUGGUGCUGAUUGUUUGUGCAUUCAUUCUCUGGCUCUUUUCAAAUCCAGAUGCUGGAUUUAUAGGAGAUCCUAUUGGAGCAAGAAUUCAAGGAUUGAGUAUUGAAGGAGAAUUUGAAAGUGAUAGCGAUGGCACUCAAAUGGGUUUCUUACCCAUUGUGAGCUCAGAAGACAUAUCCACAAAAGAAUUUGCUGCUGAAAAUCUAAAUAUGUGGAAGGGCUGA